AUGAAGCCAGUGAGAAGACACUCGUUUGCUGAUUGUCCCGUUGUGUUUAUUGCGUUGGACACAUUGCAGCAGCAAUCCUGGUUCAUCUCAGUCCUCAUAAACGUGGUCAUCCUCUUGCUGCUGGCUGUUGCCUUCCUGAUCAUAGUUCAACGAAAUCUCCUCAACCUCAGUGACAUUUUACACAAGGAAACCCCAGAUGCAGGGAUGAGUCUUCCCUUUGAAUCCGAGCUGUCUCCGGAGCUCAGACUAGAGCCGGUGAGGACAGGAGAGGAGAUCCCGGUCUUCAUCACUGCUGCUGAGGAAAGACUUGGGGCUGUGGUUGCUGCCAUGAACAGUGUCUAUCAGAACACUAAAGCCAAUGUCGUCUUCACCAUAGUGACCCUGAAUGAUACGGUGGAUCACCUAAAUGUUUGGCUUAGUCAGACGCGGCUAAAAAAUGUCAAAUAUAAGAUUGUUAUUUUCAAUCCUGAGCUCCUCAAUGGGAAGAUGUCCAAAGAUCCUCAGACGCUGGAAGCUGCCAAACCGUUGACUUUUGCCAGGUUUUAUCUACCUGUGUACAUACCUGAAGCAGAGAAAGCUAUCUAUUUGGAUGAUGACAUCAUAGUACAAGGGGACAUUCAGGAGCUUUAUGAAACCAACCUCAAACCAGGACACGCAGCGGCCUUUUCUGAAGACUGUGAUUCUGCAUCUUCUAAGGGAAUCAUUCGAGGUGCUGGAACUCAGAAUAACUAUAUAGGUUUCCUGGACUUCAAGAAGGAUUCUAUCAAGAAGCUGGGGAUGAGGGCCAACACAUGCUCCUUCAACCCCGGGGUCAUCAUCGCCAACCUGACUGAGUGGAGGAACCAGAACAUAACCGGGCAGCUGGAGCAGUGGAUGGAACUUAACAGACAGGAGGAUCUGUACAGUAAGACACUAGCAGAGAGUAUCGUCACCCCUCCACUCCUCAUUGUUUUCUACAAACAUCACUCCACGAUUGACCCGAUGUGGCACGUCAGGCACCUUGGCACUACAGGUGCUGGAAAUCGCUACUCCCUACAGUUUGUGAAAGCUGCCAAACUCCUCCAUUGGAAUGGACACUACAAACCCUGGGGGAGAACAUCCUCCUUUUCUGACGUCUGGGAAAAGUGGUUCAUUCCAGACCCCACAGGAAAAUUUGAUCUCGUGCGAAAACACACAGAGGACAAGUAGACUGAAAAAUCAGUUUCAGGAACUUUCGAGCAGCCAAGGCUGCCCUCACCCAGCAGGACCACGCCUCGCGAUAUCUCAGGAACUAAGUAAAGCCUUUUAACUUGGAGUUCUGGAAUCCUUAAAAUUUGUUGACCUGUGUGCUCUCACGUUGCCUUGAACAAACACUUGUUUUCUAUAGACAGUGCAUCUUAACGCUGAGAGCGCCUUUCCAGACACUCUCAGCCCUUGAGAUUGCUUUGACCCACGCUUCUCAAAUUGUUCUUUUUAAAGCAGAUUAUAUCACUAAAGAGGCAGAGACUGUUUUCCUCCCUAUAAGAGCAGUGUUUCAUCCUCAACAUGAUUAGAAACGUGUUGCAUCUGAAGAGUUUCAGCUUUGAGACAUGUAUGCAUCAAUCCCAGUUUGCAGCAAUGAGAUACUUUGCAUCAACAUGCCAAAACCACCAUGUGCUGCAGGCUUUGUCAAAGUAAUCACUUCAGCUACUGACUAAUUCACUUUAUUUGAACACUAGAGGAUUUAAGUUACCAUAUCUAUGAUAUAGCACAGCCAGUCUGGUGUUAGCCAGGCAGAUCAUGUCAUUACCUCGAUUAGAACUUCCUGUGGAAAAGUAGGACAUUUUAUACUUAAUGUAUUUAGAUCCUUUCAACAGUGGUAUUUGCUUAGUGCAGCAUUUCUGUUACAAAAAGGUUAAUGCGGUUUCUCACUCAAACUAAAAUGAGUUGUUAAUCCCGUGCAGCUACUUAAUGUUGCGCCGCCAUUGUGGUUUGUCUUGUCUGUAAUAACUGCCAUGAAUGAACAACUAAUCAGUGCUGUGCUGAACUUGUUUAAAUUACAUUUUUAACAAAUUGCAACUCUGCAGAAAUUGUAUAAGUGUUUGCGCAAUAUUCUCAUGCUUUUUAUCCAUUCAGUCAGGAUUUUUUUUUAUAUACAUUGCCUUGCUAAUGUAAAUAUCGGUCAUCCUUUAUA